AUGGCCUUGUUGUAUGAAACGGUCCCCACUUUUGAAGACACGUGGAUCGAGUGUUUGGGUGAUCUGGGAAGAUAUCGUAUGGCAAUUGAGGAUGAUGAUCUGAAGGACCGCGAGGUUUGGACUUCUGUCAGCAGGCACUGGUAUUCCAAAGCAAGCGACAAGGCACCCACAACUGGCAGGUUAUACCAUCAUCUAGCAAUUCUUGCGCGGCCAAACGCGCUUCAACAGCUCUUCUAUUACACCAAGAGUUUGUGUGUUCCUAUUCCCUUUCUUUCAGCCCGCGAGAGCAUCAUGACUCUGUUUGAGCCUCAUCUCAACGGAUCUCCAACACGUCUCCAAGAGAUCGAUGCUGCCUUCGUCCGGGCUCACGGCAUCCUCUUCUCUGGCCGCAACCAAGAACAACUCGCACCCUCCGUCGACGAAUUCAUCGGUAGUCUCGACAACCACAUUGGCCGGACCACGCGACGAUGGAUGGAGAGUGGCUACUACAUUGGGAUUGCCCUUGGAUGCUCCCUUCUGGAGUAUGGCAGCGAAUCUAAUGUCAUCAUGCGAACGAUCAAGUCAGGAGCGCGCGCCGACGAACCAGAUACGGCCAUGCAAGGGGUUGAAGCUGCCGCACCAUCCCAGAAGUUUCUUGAUGCCCUUGACUUCACCUGCCGCACGCACGAUGUCGUCUUCAGACGUUUCGGCGACCCCAGCGUCACCCCCUAUCUUCACGUCACGCUUUCCUUCCUCCACCAUCUUUCCAAAUUCCCCGUUGCAAUGGCUCAUAUCGAGUCCAAGAUCCCCUGGAAGCUCAUCUCACUCAUGCUCAACACUCUGGUCGGCACUUGCUCACGUUUUGACAAGGUUGAGGGUGAGGCCUUUCCCCGAAAUGAGAAGGAAAGCCCACGCCCGCUACCCGACGAUUUCGCCCAGCGCGGGCUUCUCUGGGUAGAGAAGUACUACCCCGCCGACUGGUUCACCGCCGCGAAGAUCGAUGACGAAGAGAAGUAUUUCGAAGUAGCUUCUAUGAUGGAAGAGAGGCAGGACCGUUGUCUCUGGUUGGGAGUUCGUUUGGCCUCGACAGGCGCGUGGCUUACGUACGAUAAGAACCUGAGGCAGUUCAGCGUCGCAUCGCAGUAUGCUGUUGAGAUUGCCAACUUGCCAACGGUUUCAGAAACAGAUAGUGGUACACCGACACAACCCAAUAGAUGGGGAAGAGGAGAUGAUGGCGAUGUGGACAUUCCGGAUGCGCCUGUUGGAUAA